CUUAAACUUUCGCUCACCAAACCAUUAUUCACAAGUUACUCCGCUUGUCUUUUCACUUCUUGUAAAUCGUCUCUAUUUCUAAGUUCUGUCCAGCCCAUCGAAUCAGGAAGAGACCCAUUUUGACAUGGUGUGGAAUGGGCCCAGUCCAGAUGCUAACUUGCUCGGCAAGUCCGCUGAUAUUUCACUUCACACAGAAAAACACGUGGACGAGGACUGACAGAGGUUUUAGAUUUAGAACUUGGAACCCCAACACACAAAGUUAUCGAAGGAAGGCAAAGGGAUUUACUACGUUUUUUGAGUAGCAGUCAUCAUGGUGGAUAUGCAAAGCGAUUUCGAUCGGCUCCUCUUCUUCGAACAUGCUCGCAAGAAUGCCGAAACCACUUAUGCUAAAGACCCUCUCGAUGCUGAGAAUUUGACGAAAUGGGGAGGUGCCUUGUUGGAAUUAUCACAGUUCCAGCCUCUCAACGAAUCAAAGAAGAUGAUUUCUGAUGCUAUUUCAAAGUUGGAGGAGGCUUUGGAGGUUAAUCCACAGAAGCAUGACGCCAAUUGGUGUUUGGGGAAUGCAUAUACGUCCCAGGGAUUUCUAAAUCCCGAUGAAGAUGAAGCUAAGAUUUACUUUGACAAAGCAGCCCAGUGCUUCCAGAAUGCUGUUGAGGCGGAUCCAGCAAAUGAGCUCUAUCAGAAAUCAUUUGAAGUUUCUUCCAAGACUCCAGAGUUGCAUGCCCAGAUUCACAAACAAGGUCAUGUUGUUCAACAAGCUAUGGGACCAGGACCUUCUACAUCAACAAGUACAAAGGCUCCGAAGAAGAAGACCAGUGAUCUGAAGUAUGACAUUAUGGGAUGGGUAAUACUUGCUGUUGGACUCGUUGCGUGGGUUGGUUUUGCAAAAUCUAAUGUGCCUCCACAAGCGCCUCCUCCUCCAAGAUAAAGCCACAAUACAUUCUUACAGGCCAAAAUACAUGAUGGAGUUUUUUCAUGCAUAAAAUCUUUUGGCUAUUCAAACUUAGCCAUAUAGCUAGGGUUUGCUGGUGUAAUAGAUUUUGAAUUAGGCCGUCUUUUUUCCUUUGAUUCAUAUUAGUUAUAAAAUGAUUUCGUGAAGCUGUUUCAUAAUAUUGUGUUUGCACUCCUGGUUUGACUUCUGCCAUUUGCCUCUCUAUUUUAGUUGGUUUUUAA